AUGGUGUCGGCCACCAAGGUAGAAGGUGAAUAUUCGUUUCUGAGAAAGGACUCUCAUCUGGAUCAAUCUGAAGGUGUGAAGAUACAUCUAUAUCGAUUUGGUGCAGAACACAGAAAUGAUAAACUUGAAAGCCUUGCAUGCUUUGAACAAGAUGGCCCAAGUUUGCUUGAUAACCAUCCUUCUUGCUCAGGUGGAAGAAAUUUUGUGGAUCAGCUGAACAAUAAAUGGGAUUCAUUUUCACUGAAGGAAUACGACAAGUUCUUUGAGUCUUUCGCAUGCUUGAAGCCAAAUAGUAUGAAGAGUUAUGAUGGAUUGCUUCUGGGCAUUUCACAAGGAGAAAAUGAUAGACCUGAGGUUGUUUCUUCAGUAUCACUACCAAAGGAUGGACUACUUGUGAUUGCAAAUGCAUAUCCUGUUGAAUAUGGUCAUAUCUUCUUGGUCCCAAGUGCAAUCAAUCAACUAUCUUGCUAUUGGGACAAAAGGAUGAUUGGACUGGCUACAAAAAUUUCCUCUGAAGUAAAUAAUGCAGCAUUCAGGGUUUUCUUUGACAAUGGAACAUCUAUAGUGUCAGGUCACAUGAUUUUUCAGGCAUGUUACUUUGCAAUCCCUUUACCAGUGGAGUCUGCCUCCACUUUCACGGUGAAAAAUCUGGUUACUGGCUGCUGUCUGUCUGCUUGGGAGUGUGGCGGCUACUUUGUUUACCACACCAAAUUUGGUUUUGAUAAUGCUUCUGAGACUGAAAUCUCCAACAGAAUGGGCUCUGUUUCACUUGAGGAUAGCACCUUUGAAGAUCUGAAACAUCUUUGUUGCGCUAUUGCAGAUGAUCUUGUUAUGUAA